UGAACCAGGGGCAGCUCUCAGCGUUGCCAAGGGAAGGACACGAGAGGUGGUUGCCGAACACAAGGUUUCUUCCAGAGACCAACGUAUCCCUGCAAACUCCUCCUGUCUGUGCAGCUGUCUUCCUCCUUUGCCGACAUGUGAGGUGGGCUCGAGUGCCCAGGUGCUGUGGAUCCGUAGUGUGAUACAUGAUCCAGGAAACGCUCCCCCCUUUCCCUCCUUGGCACUUUCCCCACAUGACAGGAAGAGGAGCUUCUGGUUAGAAGACAAGUGCCGGGAGUCCAAGGCUUUCUGCUCACCAUGAAGGGGACCUGCGUCAUUGCGUGGCUUUUCUCAAGCCUGGGGUGGUGGAGACUCGCCCAGCCAGAAACAGAUACAUCCCAGUGCCAGAGAGCGGAGCACCCGGUCACUUCCUAUAAAGAAAUUGGCCCCUGGUUACGGGAGUUCAGAGCGAAGAAUGCUGUGGAUUUCUCGCAGUUAACAUUUGACCCAGGACAGAAAGAACUUGUUGUAGGAGCAAGAAACUACCUCUUCAGGUUACAGCUUGAGGAUUUGUCUCUGAUCCAGGCUGUGGAGUGGGAGUGUGACGAAGCCACCAAGAAGGCCUGUUACAGUAAGGGUAAAUCCAAGGAGGAAUGUCAGAACUACAUCCGGGUGCUUUUGGUGAGUGGUGACUGGUUAUUUACCUGUGGGACCAAUGCUUUCACACCUGUCUGCACCAACCGCACGUUGAGUAACCUGACCGAGAUCCAUGAUCAGAUCAGUGGCAUGGCCCGCUGUCCCUACAGUCCCCAGCACAAUUCCACGGCUCUUCUCACAGCCGGCGGGGAACUCUAUGCUGCCACAGCCAUGGAUUUUCCGGGACGGGAUCCUGCCAUUUACCGGAGUCUGGGCAUCUUACCUCCUCUCCGCACGGCCCAGUACAACUCCAAGUGGCUCAAUGAACCAAACUUCGUGUCAUCUUACGACAUUGGAAAUUUCACCUACUUCUUUUUCCGAGAGAAUGCCGUGGAGCACGAUUGUGGGAAAACUGUGUUCUCCAGAGCUGCCCGGGUCUGUAAGAAUGACAUCGGGGGCCGGUUCCUGCUGGAGGACACCUGGACCACAUUCAUGAAGGCUCGCCUGAACUGCUCCCGGCCCGGGGAGGUCCCUUUUUACUACAACGAACUGCAGAGCACUUUCUUCCUGGCCGAGCUGGAUUUGAUCUAUGGCAUCUUUACCACCAAUGUGAACAGCAUCGCUGCCUCAGCCGUGUGUGUCUUCAACCUGAGCGCCAUCUCCCAGGCCUUCAACGGACCCUUCAAGUACCAGGAGAAUUCACGCUCUGCCUGGCUGCCGUAUCCCAACCCCAACCCCAACUUCCAGUGCGGCACGGUGGAUCAGGGCCUGUACAUGAACCUGACAGAGAGGAACCUGCAGGACGCUCAGAAGUUCAUUCUGAUGCACGAGGUGGUGCAGCCGGUGACCUCGGUCCCCUCCUUCAUGGAAGACAGCAGCCGCUUCUUCCACAUGGUCGUCGAUGUGGUGCAGGGUAGAGACACGCUCAUCCACGUCAUCUAUCUGGCCACAGGUUAUGGCACCAUUAAAAAAGUGCGGGCGCCCCUGACUCCAGCUGCCGGCAGCUGUUUGCUGGAAGAGAUUGAGAUCUUCCCCGAGCAGCGGGCAGAGCCCAUAAGGAGUCUGCAGAUCCUCCACAGCCAGAGUGCCCUGUUCGUGGGCUUGCAGGAGCAUGUGGCCAAGAUCCAGCUGAAGAGGUGCCAGUUCUAUCGCACCCGCAGCGCCUGCAUUGGGGCCCAGGACCCUUACUGUGGCUGGGACAUGGUGAUGAAGAAAUGCACGAGUCUGGAGGACAGCCUGAACAUGACGCAGUGGGAGCAGAUCACCUCCACCUGUCCUAUAAGGAAUCUCACCGUGGACGGGCACUUCGGCGCGUGGUCUCCAUGGACACCCUGCACGCACACCGAUGGCAGCGCUGGGGGGUCCUGCCUGUGUCGCACCCGCACCUGUGACAGCCCGGCCCCCCAGUGCGGCGGCUGGCAAUGUGAGGGCCCCCGCAUGGAGAUCGCCAACUGUUCAAGGAAUGGAGGCUGGACCCCCUGGACCUCGUGGUCUCCCUGCAGCACCACCUGUGGGAUCGGCUUCCAGGUGCGCCAGCGAUCCUGCAGCAACCCCACUCCGCGGCACGGGGGCCGGGUGUGCGUGGGCCAGAACCGCGAGGAGAGAUACUGCAAUGAGCAUUUGCUGUGCCCCCCGCACAUGUUCUGGACGGGCUGGGGUCCUUGGGAACGGUGCACAGCCCAGUGUGGCGGUGGCAUUCAAGCUCGCCGCAGGACCUGUGAGAAUGGACCUGACUGCGCGGGCUGUAAUGUGGAGUACCAGCCUUGCAACACCAACCCAUGCCCCGAGCUGAAGAAGACCACGCCCUGGACGCCCUGGACACCCGUCAACAUCUCAGACAACGGGGGGCACUAUGAGCAGCGAUUCCGCUACACAUGCAAAGCCCGCCUGCCUGAUCCGAAUUUGCUGGAAGUGGGAAGGCAGAGAAUCGAGAUGCGGUACUGUUCCAGCGAUGGGACCAGCGGCUGCUCCACAGACGGCCUUUCUGGUGAUUUCCUGCGUGCUGGGAGGUACUCCGCCCACACCGUCAACGGUGCUUGGUCAGCCUGGACAUCGUGGUCACAGUGCAGCCGUGACUGUAGCAGGGGCAUCCGGAACCGGAAGCGUGUUUGCAACAACCCUGAGCCCAAGUAUGGAGGGAUGCCUUGCCUGGGCCCAUCCCUAGAAUACCAGGAAUGCAACAUUUUGCCCUGCCCAGUGGAUGGCGUGUGGUCUUGCUGGUCUCCCUGGUCAAAAUGCUCAGCGACAUGUGGCGGUGGACACUACAUGAGGACCCGCUCAUGCACAAACCCAGCCCCAGCCUACGGAGGAGACAUCUGCCUGGGGCUUCACACGGAGGAGGCAGUCUGCAACACGGACCCCUGCCCGGAGAGCUGGUCAGAGUGGUCAGACUGGUCUGAAUGUGCCGUGUCUGGGGUCCAGGUCCGUGCCCGCCAAUGCAUUCUUCUGUUCCCUGUGGGCAGUCAGUGUUCUGGAAACACCACAGAGAGCCGCCCUUGUGUUUUCGAUUCCAAUUUCGUCCCAGAAGUAUCUGUGGCAAGAUCCAGUAGUGUAGAAGAGAAAAGGUGUGGGGAGUUCAAUCUGUUCCACAUGCUUGCUGUGGGGCUGAGCAGCUCCAUUCUAGGCUGCCUCCUUACACUGCUCGUCUACACCUACUGCCAACGGUACCAGCAGCAGUCCCACGAUGCCACCGUCAUCCACCCUGUUGCUCCUGCCCCUCUCAACACCAGCAUAACUAACCACAUCAACAAACUGGACAAGUAUGACUCGGUGGAAGCUAUCAAGGCAUUUAACAAAAACAACUUGAUCCUAGAGGAAAGAAACAAAUACUUCAACCCGCAUCUCAGUGGGAAGACCUAUUCUAACGCCUACUUUACAGAUCUCAAUAAUUACGAUGAGUACUAAUAGCUGUUAUAUUUUUGGCUCCUUGUAAUCCCCCACCUCCUCAAGCCCUGCUCCAUGACUUCCCAUGUUUCCAAGGCUUCAGAGAUGAAGUUUGGAUACAUUUCAAGUGCAUUUCAAGCCACCAGUGUCCCAUUGCUGCCAAAAACAGACAUCCUUAAAAGCAACAAAAAUCUAAAUAUGAUGUCUUGAAAAUCUGGUCUAAAUGCUUGAUCAUUGUUGAAUGAGCCAUGGCGUGAAGUUUUGUUUUGUUUUGUUUUUAUUGUGUCCAGUCCAUUUUUCUAACAAGUCGGUUGUUUUCUUGAGCUUUUUAAUAUAUGUGCCACCCACAUGGGAAAGGAGUCUUUAGAAAUAGGAAUGUCUUCCUGCUUUUGAGCAUAAAUCUUCAUGAUGUUCUAAUUCAAGAAAACAGACACUUCAACUAAGAAUCUCCCUCCCUCCACAAGGAGUGUUAGGUCCAUAGUAUUUGAUAAAAUGAAGGAUAUGAAUGUGGCUGUAUAGUUAUUCACCAUGGAUCUCCCAUCUUCCCAACCUGGAUAAGUCUGUGGAAUCCUUGAAAGCAACUUGCGUGUUUGGACUUGGAAUGGUUCUCGCCUGAGCAAAGGCAGAAAAUCACCCUGGCUUGUGUCUGCAGAGGUGAUGGUAUGAGGAGUGGCACACUCUUGACCCCUGGUCUUGAUGCAGUUACUGUGUUAUCCCUGGUGGAGGUGAGCUUGAAGACCAGAGGCACAGACAUGAUGAAGGGUCCAGUGUUCUGCAUGAUGCUGCAAGGCUAGCCAUAUUCUCACUUCUGGAUUUCACAGCAUUCCAGGGAGCUCCUCGCCCUGUGGUAGGCCCGGAAGCUCACCUGUCCGGUCCAUAGUAACAGCCUGAAGAGACAUCUAUAAAACCACUACUUAUUCACCAUUGGACAUACGCCCUGUCUAAUGUCCCUGCAAGGAAAAAUCGUGAACAUUCAUGACACCAAUGAGGAAAAGUAUUAAAUAUUAAAAAUACUUUGAAGUAUAAAAUGGAAACCAACUUUUUUUAUUUCCUAUGUUACAGAAAGGAUUGAAAGAAAUGACAUUUAAGGAGAAGCAACUUUUUAUUUUCUAUCUCCCGAUAGAACUCAUGUAUAGCAGUCAGCCACUUCCCAGAGCAUUACUGAUGCGUAAGGCUGGCUUUCUGCAGCCCAUCGCUGUACAUAUUGAAGUGCUCCCCGAGUACCCAGCUGUCAUUUGCUGCCUCCAGGUCAGGCAAGGAGGAGACGUUUGGUUCUGGUGCCUUGUGUUUCUAUCUCAAUGCUGCCCUCCCCUCCACCCCUCCCUCUUCUCCUGCAUGGAGGCAAGAGCAUUUCAAGAUGUACCUGGAGAAAGCAGGGACGUAAGGUUUUCAGUGACCCCUGUGGUUCUGAGCACUGACACUGCUAAGCAUUUCAGAGUGUUAUAAUACUAUUCAUAGAGGUCCCCAGCAAGGAAAAACAGCAGGAUGAAUUACUCAUAAACAGCUGAUAAAUAAUACAUGGCAGCUGGUUGAAUAAUGUUUGAAAGUCAGAACCGGAUUGAAACUGUUCAUCGAUGCCCUUGGGCAUUGCAAUAAAGACCUGUGUGGAUGGUGAAACAUUCUUAUUGCACAGUGAACCUUCAGAUUUGUGGAAAUACACAGCACGGGCAUUGAGGAACGCAGACUUAUCAGCACACGUGUUUGUGGCCUAUCCAAUGUAAAGAAACAAUUUCAGAAAGUGUUGGGGGAAAAAAAUCCCAUGUUGAGUCAUGAGUAUUGCUGUAUUGAAAGUAUUCUCAUGCACCCAAAUUUUCAGAAGCGACUCUACAAAAAGUCAAGCUUAAAUGGCAGGUGGUUUCCAGGAGGUCUAAUAGAUUGCAACUGAAUGGUGUUCUGGGUGUUUCCAGCAGGGAGUUCAUGUUGCCUCUCUCCUGCGUGGCUGGUCUGCUGUGGGGGGACUGCUUGGUCUGGACACACACAGCUGAAGUCUGGACUCAGGAGGUGAAAUUCGGCCAGAUGGUUUCCUCAUUGUCCCCCAACUGGUUUUGCACUGGAUGCUUCAACUAGUGUCAUCACCUUCCUUUAAGAAAAAUGUCCCUACCAUGAAGCACAUCACAGUUGUUUUUGGAUCCCUCUCUACAGUGUUUUCUAAGCUUAAACGGUUAUUUUAUUUCCCUUAGGAAAGAGAAUACUAAUAUUUUGAGAAAGCAUCCCUGGACCUGAUUAGAAAUGUUUUCUAAAUGCUCUCCACGCUGGACCUCAGUCGGUGUCCUGUGGUGACUGGAGACAGUGCCCACCCUCCCCACGGAGUCACAUACCUCCAGGAACUUAGCACGGCAAAGAAAUGCUCUCAUUUUUGUUCCCUGCCUCUCUACUCAGAGCAAAAUUGCACUGGCUUCUCUUUCUGUCUGUCUCUCUCACAUUCUCAUUUCACAGAAUUUCAAUUUGUUUAGAAUAAUUUUAACUAUAUUCUAACGAGCUAUGGAGUAACUUUUGCUUUUCCAUCAUUGUGUGGCUGUUGCUCAUGGGUGUGCCUCCCCUCCAUGCCUCUGGUUGUUUCUUGAGCCCCAGGUGGGCUUUCGCAGGGGUGCCUACCACCUCGCUGGCAUCUCCUCCUGAAAGUAGCUCCCGGGAGGCUGCGGGCUUUGCUAUUUCUCUGGGUCAGAUUUUAAAUUUCUAAAUGACUUAUUCUGUCUAUUUUUUUCCCCUUUCCUUCCUUCCUUCCUUUCUUUCCUUCCUUCCCUCCUUCCUUCCUUCCUCCCUCCUCCCUAGUACAAGCAGCACCCUCUCUGAACCUAACAUCAAAUGACAAUAGUCACGGCUUAAUCUGGAGGGCUAUUUCUGGGUAGGGGGGCAGCUGGCCCGGUGUUCCCGAGGAACCUGGCCCUGGGCUCACGCUCACACUCUGGGAGGGAGUCCCAGGAGCAGGGCUGCUCAGGGUCCCGUCCCCAAGGAGCGCUGCGGGCCAGCGGCCGGAGGAGCCCGGCUGUCACCCUGAGGACGGGGCUGGGACUCGGGACGAGCUGGGCCCCCGCCAAGCCUCGCCCACCCCGCGGCCCCCGGACCCAGCUCGCCCGGCGGGGAAGGGGCGCCCCGGGGCUCGGGAGCGGGGGCGAGGGUGGGGGUGGGGGACCCGGGUCUGGGCCCGGGGACUCGCCGAGUGAUGCCAAGGAGAGGAGAAGCGACGGUGGGGAGAGGGGGCUGGGAACGUGGGGACCCGGUGGCUCCGAGCUGAGCGUGGGGCGGAGGCCGGACCGUCCAAGGGCAGGAGGUGGCCCGACGGUGGCCGCAGGUCCUUACAGCUCUGCACGUGGGUGAGAGCCGUGGGACUCCGAGCCCAGCGUGGGCGGGUCCCCUGGAGGCCUGGGGAGAACUCGUGGUCGGACCCGCUUCCAGUGAGGGGCAGAGGCCCAGCGGGGGGCCCCGUGCCCCGGGCUCGGGGAGGUGGGAGUGCAUCGGGUCAGCACUCAGCUAAUCGCUGCAUAAACUCCCCCUUAAUGCGCACUGAAGAUACAGUCUUGAUAGUGUCGGAAUUCACAAAUAGCUUUAUGCUUCUUUAUGAUAUUUACUUAUUUCCAGAGUAAAUCAUGAACAUGUCCCCAGCACUGUCAAACCACCUUCGGCAGGAUGUCCUUUACACUCCGUUGGGGUUUUCUGGUGUGUGGCAAAUGGGGGCAGCUCCAUUGCAUUUAGCAUUUCUGCCUCACAGGAUGGCUCUGGGGCACCCAUCCAGGGACGAGAGGUACCACUGGCGGGUACAGGGAAUGCUUCUGCCUUAAAGCAGCCAUUCUCCACUGAGCAGGACUGUCCCUAAGCCUCCAACAAUCCAUGUUUGUGAAGGUGGGAAUUCCAGUGGGAACCAUAAAUCAACUCAUGCAAACUCUCUGCUAUUCUUUUUAAGAUGAUACAAAGUGGAAUUCACAGAUUGUGUUGCCAUGCCCAAUACAUCCCUACUACUGCUUCCAUUAUGUCACAGCAACUCUUGUCAUGUGGUGAUAAUAUGUUGACACACCAUUGCAAAUUUGAGUACCUAGGAUGAUCUGUUAUCAGAAAACAGAAAGCCAUUCUGAACACCUUGCUUCUCUGGACGAUGGGUAUGAAAUGGGAGAAGAUAAAGUUACAGUCACUUUGACCAGAGAAAUGCCUAAAAAAGAAUGCCAAUUAUUGCACAGCACGUCGCCAUGUAAGAUAAAAGAUUUGGAAACCAGAAAACAUUGUGGAAUUUAUCUCUGCUGUUCUUCCCUACUGAGGUCAUUAAUAAUAAUUGAUUUAAAGGCUCUUUGUAAUUCUGCAUAUACUGACAAAGUAUUCAUAUUAUCUGUUUUGCUAACCUGGUAAAACACAGGGAAAUAAGUUGCUAGAAUCCUUGCUUUUCCUUUCAGAAACUGAAAAAGAAUUAACAAGAUGCAAUGUUGGAUUAUUGGCAGGGAUUUCUAUGAUGACUAUUCUAUAUUCCUUUUUUUAUGGACUUAUAUUAAAGAUGUGUUAUACCUAUUUUGAGGAACAGAUGGAUCAAGGUUUUUUCAUCUAUCAUAUGUCACAUUAUCAAAUUAUUGGUACAUUUUACAAAAGCAUCAGGAAGGGAGAUUGUUCUCCUUGAAAACAUAGCUUACACUGCACAGGAGACUUAGAGCAUCGUCAAAACUGAAAGCAGAGCCUGACACAGCGUGUAUAGUUCCUAGUGUAAGCUGCCUCAUAGUAUUUGCAAAAGAUCAUACUGGUUCUGCCAUAGAAAGCAAUCAAGCUGAUUACCCAUGACCAGAGUCAGAAUUGAUUUUUGUUCAGGCAAACAGGUUUUAUUGUAUUGACAUGAUGAGGGUAAAUAGCUAAGGAUAUUUUUAAAACCUGGAAGGAACAGAGUAGAGAUGGAAAACUACUCUGUGGCACUUCUUAAACCAAAUUUUGGACAGGCAAUACCAUCCAUUCCAUCUCUUUAUAUUGAGUAAGAUGUCUGAGCCCAGCAGUUGGAACAUGAUCCUGUUCUUUUUCAGCUUCAUGGCACCUUAAUGCCAAAUAGUCCAAAUGGAGGGUGAACGGUAGUUCAAAAGGUAGUUCAGACUGGUUCAAAUGUGCGAUAAAUACAAGCUGGGAGCAAAAUUUGGAUUCUGAAAAAGCCAAACUGUACUAUCAUGUUGCUAAGAAGAGAACAUUGUUAGCCAUCCUCUGUUAGUGCACAUAGUUUCAUUUCCCUAUAAAAAGUUGCCAGUGCCUUGUUUAAGAUGGUGAUUUAUCAUCUCCUCUGGAUAUUAGUGGUUCCAGUGCCAAGCAGAGGAUUGAUUGGCUACACUUUGAAGAAAAUCAUUCUUCUAUGUCUCUUUGAACUCAGGAAUAGAAAACGGCCAAGGAACACAUCACAGAUGUGAUGUCUGCCCCCUACCAGGGAGGGCGUGUGGCAUCAGAACAGGUGCAGACAGGUGUUCAGAAUUCGGGUUAUUGCCUUCCAGAAAGUGACAUCACUUUACUUUUAUAUCGUCCACAAAACACCUUAGUGACAGUGUUAGUCUGUCAUAGGGAUGAUGCCCUGCCUCUAGAAGGUAGAGUUUUUGUUACUGUCCUUCAGGUAAGUUGAGAGAUACAGGAAAAUCAGGCUGCUGACAGCUGAAUGCAGAUACAGAAUGGAAUGAGGACCACCUAGAACUUUGUGGGCUUUUUUUUUUUUUUUUUGAGUCAAUGUCAAAAUUGUUUCACAAGUACACAAAAUUGUCAACCUUAAUUUAGGUUAAGAAAGUUAACAGUAUUUUCUCCACUAAGGGUGUUUCUUCGUAUAGCAUGACUGUUGGCCAAAAUCAAAGUUGAACUUCUGCACCUUGAAAGAAAGCACAGGAUGAAGUUUCAACGUGAGCACCUGCAUUCCCCGCUGAAACUCUACACCGUCUGCAAAGAAAAUGCACCAACUUGGUCCAUUGUAGGAUUCUUCAAAAGUGGGUAACAAAGCUUGUGUGCUGCACCCCUUGACUCGACUUUGAAAAUGUUAUAAAAUGUUAAAUGCUUCUUUCUGUGUUAAUUUGCUGUUGCUGUUUUGUGACACAAAAUAAACUUAUUUGGGAGUGUUUCAUUUUUUUCACUGAACCUUCUCCAAAGCCAACUUCAGCCCUUGGUAAACCUGCAGCAAGUUACUGACAUUAAAAUUAAUUUUUAAAAGACAGUAUGUGUUAAUCAUAGUGGGGCUUCUUAGAUGAGGUAGCAUUGCCUUUCCCUUCCUUGAAUGAGGAAAUGGAGUGCCAGUUGCCCUAUUGGAAUCCUCAUGGAUUGCCAGAACUUACUUCACUGGGCCGUUGGGUGCACUCUUUUUCAGUCCUUAAAUUUGGUUUCAAGGUUACACUUGAAACCUUGUUGUUAGAAAUGUGUAAUGCGACUUUCCGGUAGUCUUCCCUUUUAUGCUUUCUGUUCAUCAAUUCAUUGGUCUUAAAUGCUCACUUGAGAGCUGUCCAGGUCUAUACCCAAGAAUAUUGUUUAAUGACACCUGACAGAUCCAUUGCUUUGAAAAAUUAGUUUGAGAUACCAACUGUGGCAUCCCAGGCAGGGAGCUCAUGAGCUGCUGCAUUGGAUCAAUUAUGGAAAUUUGAGAAGAGGAGGGUCAAGGGUUACCUGCCGAUCAGCAGAAACCAACUCACACCUGCUGCAUGCCCCAACUCCGAGAAGAGCAAACAUAUUUGUAAGAUAAAAUGAGCUGUUAUUACUGAAGGGGAAAUGCCAUGCUCACUCACUGCUCUUGGUGAAUUGCCAGCUUCUAUAACCCAGACCAAUUAAUCUUUAUUUUUAAACAAUAAAUUCAUGAAGAAUGAUCCUGAGUUCCAUUAAGAGUGUGAUCUCCCUCCAUAGCAUCCCCUCUGCACCAUCUCUAUCUGCUAACAUUUUUUGGGACAAAAUAAGAGAAUCCUGAUUAUGUACAGUAUAAAUUGUAUUAUAUUUUUUGUACUUAUGUUUUAUGUAAAUAGUUUGUCUCAUUCGAUUGUAUGUGAGCAUUGAAAUAAAUCCUACCAUUUAGGAAACAA